CCUCCUUGCCCGACUACACAUCCAACACACCACCCUUAUGGAAGAGCGAGUACGACUCCCUUUCGAGUGGAGAUGCGCCCUCCACGUACGCCCUCUUCCUAACAACAUGACACGUGAGGACCAUAAUGGUCGGCGCCUGGCGCGGGCGGAAGCCCUGGGCCGUCAUUAUGGGUCGAAACCCGGCAUUUAUUACGUGGACGCCUCCGGCCCCCACCAUGGGGGAUGGUACACGGCCGCAGUCGUCCACCAGUCCAAAACAGUUAACGGGCUUACAUUUCGCGCCCGCGACAUAACUCAUGCGGAGGAGGUCGCCAUUUCACUGGCAGCUACCCACCCUGAUUCCAAAACAAUUAUCUCCGACUCGCGAGGGGCCUGUCGGAACGUCGAGCAAGGCUGGGCUCCAUACUCAGCCUAUCGACUACUUCAAAGUUGCACCUACACCGGGGACCCCGCUCACCGGAACAUAGUAUGGGCUCCUGCUCAUAUGGGUCUCGAGGGGAAUGAGGCAGCCGAUGCCGCCGCCCGCGCGCUCUCUCUCCGGGCUUCCUUUCUCGACCCCCUAGAUCAGGAUCUCGAAUUCAAUCCUGCGUAUUCUUUUAAAGACAUUGUCCUGCAUUAUCAAUCUGGCCAUAGCCUUUACCCUCGCCCGAGUAAAGGUCUAUCAAAGACGGAGGAGCGGCUUCUACUCCGUCUCUAUACGAACACUCUGCUGUGCCCGGCAGCACUCAAACAUUUCGAUCGUUCUUUCACGGGCAGUUGUCCGCACUGUGCGGAGAAGUCUUCGGACAUCUACCACAUGGUGUGGGCCUGCCCAUCUAACCCAGCUAUUGCCCCUCACCCCAACCCCACUCGGGAGGACUGGGAGGCGACCCUGCUCGGCUGCUAUGACCUGCAGGCCCAAAGGGCCUUGGUCGAGCGCGCCCGGGCAGCGGCCGACGCCACUGGGGUCCCGUACUAGGGAUUCCACCCAGUAUUUUAAGGGCCGGGCCCUUAAGGACCGGCCCAUGUG